UGUUCAACCCCGAGUGGCAGCGACGGCGUUAGUUCAACGGCAGAUACGACCCAGCGUCGACAGUGAACGGAUGUUCUUCGCAUCGGACUUGAUCCCAGAGUGGCUCGAUCGGGAUGAUAGUAGUGCCGACAGUGUGCCAAAGGGUUGCGCAGUGAAUAGUGUAUUCUGGGUCUAGCAGUACACCACCCUCGGACCAACUGCCGCCUUCAGUGACGGACUCGCUUCAUCUUCGUCGUCUUCUUCUUCUUCUUCGGCUUCUGCUAGUGAAAGCAAGGAACCCAUCUGCCUCUUCCACUACCGCAGACGGAAACCGCAGCGGAUCGCACGAUGGCUGACGCAGACGCGGACGAUGCCAUUUUCGAUGGGAUUCUUGAGAAGGUCGGCAACGAUGGCAAGUUCCAGCACCGGUUCAACCUAAUCUUCAACGUGGGAGCCAUCAUGUUUGCGUCGAUGUCCUACAUGAGCAUCAUACUGGCACUGAACAAACCCCCGCACAACUGCCACGUGCCCGGUAUGGAACGGUACAACAUCUCCGAUGGCGAGAUGUGGAAGAAUUUGACGCUGCCGAGGGAAGAGGACAACAAAGGCCUGCUCAGCUACAGCAAAUGUCAGAUGUACAACGUGACCGAGCAACACUUGCGAAUGCACUACAGCGAAUGGAGCUUCCAGGAGUCGGACAUCAUCAAUUGUGCCUAUGGUUACGAAUAUGAUCGGACCUACUACGAUCGCACACCAAUCACCGAGCAUGACUGGAUCUGUGACAAGGGCUUCCGAGAGACGAACAUUUUUGUGUAUAACCGCUUCGGUGAGCUGGUCGGGACGUUCAUCUUUGGCCAACUCGGCGACACUCUCGGGCGCAAACCGGUGUUCUACUUUAGCGUUCUUAUCAUCACCGCUGGUCGGUUAAUCUCCAUGUUCACUGCAUCGAUUUACAUUGUGUUCUGUAUGGCCGCCGUGCUGGGAUCACUGACGGCUAACUCGAUUUUCCAGGCACCUCUGAUUAUUGCCAUGGAAAUGUCCAAAAGUGAACGUCGCGGGUACAUCUCUAUGAUGCAGUGCAUCGGUUGGACGACGGGACUUUGCAUACUACCGAUGGUGUUCUGGGCGACACGUGACUGGUUCUGGGCCCUGAUGAUCACCACUCUUCCCAUAUUUCUGUUCAUCUUCAUUCCACAAUACUUGAUUGAGUCCCCCCGAUGGCUGGCAACCCGAGGCAAGUACGGUCGGUCAAUGGGGGAACUGAGGAAGAUUGCCACCGCCAACGGUAUCCACCGGCUGUCGUUAGACGAGCACACGCUGGAAAAGCUGUUCUCCCAUCGGAAAAUCGAAACCGUCUACGGUAUGGCGUCCCUGUUCAGCGGUUGGCGGAUGGCGAAAAAUACCAUUCUCUGCGUCGUUUGCUGGAUGUUCACCUACGUAACCUACUUCACACUGGUUCUGCUGAGUUCCCGAUUGGAUGGUAAUCCGUUCCUCAACUUUCUGUGGCAGAGUGCAAUCGAACUGCCAGCGUACAAAAUCGCCCAGCUUAUGUCGGACAGUUUAGGGCGUCGGCUGACAAAUUCCCUGGCCUACGUCUGCGCUACCGCCCUGUGCAUUCCGAUCCUGCUAAUCAUCCGAAAUUCGGAAUAUGCAGCCGUCAGUACUGUCCUUACGAUUGCGGUGAAAUUCUGCAGCAGCAUUAACUUCUUUGCCGUGAACCUUCAGUCCAUCGAGAUCUAUCCAACGUGCCUGCGUCAAUCGGGCCUAGCCUUCGCCGUAAUCAUGUCCAACCUGUUUGGCAUCUUAGGCCCGUACGUAGUUCAUCUGGGCAUGGAGUACGACGUCCGGUGGCCAUUCAUACUUAUUGGACUAAUGGCAAUUGGGGGAGCCAUUUGUUCUUCGUUCUUGCCAGAGACGCUGCAUCAAACACUGCCGGAGUCGAUCGAACAGGCUCAGAAGUUUGGCCAGCAUCAAUCCUAUUGGUCACUGCCUAAAAAACCGAAACCGUAUCACGCUGAAGUACUUAAGCUGGAGUUAGAAGAGAGUAGGAAGCUUAACGCAUCCGUGAACAGGGACAGUUGUGAUUAAGACUGGUUGAUUAUCUCAUUGCUUGGUGGAACGUUUACUUAAUUGUAUCUUUGUAUAAAUAUACAUACAUUUUUUUUCUAA